AUGGCUGGAGAUGUAUUUGGAAGACUAAUCCUGAACACCAGAACCUGUUACGUUUAGAUGCCUCAGGAACAGUACGCACACCGGAGCACGAUGCAGACCUCGGAAGGACCCCAGGUAUACAAAGUGGGGAUUUAUGGCUGGAGGAAGAGAUGCCUCUAUUUCUUUGUGCUGCUCUUAAUGAUUUUAAUCCUGGUGAACCUUGCUAUGACCAUCUGGAUUCUGAAGGUUAUGAACUUCACAAUUGAUGGAAUGGGGAACCUGAGGAUCACGGAAAAGGGUCUAAAGCUUGAAGGAGAUUCAGAAUUCUUGAAACCUCUCUACGCCAAAGAAAUCCGGUCAAGACCAGGCAACCCACUGUAUUUCCAGUCUGCCAGAAAUGUGACAGUGAACAUCCUCAAUGAGAAGACUAAAGUCCUUACUCGCCUUGUAACAGGUCCCCAAGCAGUGGAAGCACACAGCCAAAAAUUUGAGGUGAAAACCCUCUCUGGAAAAUUGCUGUUUUCUGCAGAUGACAACGAAGUGGUGGUUGGAGCAGAGAGAUUGAGAGUUUUAGGAGCAGAAGGCACAGUGUUCCCUAAAUCUAUAGAAACUCCCAAUGUCAGGGCAGACCCCUUCAAGGAACUAAGAUUGGAGUCACCUACGCGCGCGCUGGUGAUGGAGGCUCCAAAAGGCAUCGAGAUCAACGCCGAGGCCGGCAGCUUGAAAGCCACGUGCAGGACAGAGCUCAAGCUGGAAUCCAAAGAUGGAGAGAUAACGUUGAAUUCUGCAAAAAUCAAACUACCUAACUUGCCUCAAGGAUCUUCCUCUUCUGCAGGGUCCAGGCAAAAAGUCUACGAGCUCUGUGUGUGUCCCAAUGGGAGGUUGUUUCUGUCUCAGGCAGACACUAGGUCGACCUGCCAGAUAAAUACAAGCGUCUGCCUUUGAGAGACAAUUUGCAGUGGGGCAUCGCAGGCAGCACAAAAGCCAGUUCUGGUCUCACAGAUUGCAGCUGCCAACUAUUUUUACUAGAACACAGAAAGCCUAUCAAAGACUUUUUUUGUGUGUGCGCGCGCGUGUGUGUGAAUAUAUAUAUAUAUAUAAAAAUAUAUAU